AUGUCUGGAAAUGUAGAGAUGAGGAAGGAGAGAACCAAGAAGAACAGCCAGGAGAGAGGGGAGAACACCACCCCCCCAAUCAGCAGUCAAGACACCUCCCCCCAGCCCCCCAGCAGUGGCAAGCUUUCCCCCCAGCCCCCCAUCGAUGACCCCGACCCCCGGUCGGUAACAGAUGUGAGCCAGUCUGCACAGGCAGAACAGAUCAGGCAGACUUACACUAAGGAGGCAGUAGACAGCCACACCAACAAAGAGCUUGAGGAAGAGGCAGAAGAGGAGGAAUCCGAAUUGGGCCGACUUCUUCGUGAGUUCGAGAAGGACCUUCAGAGAGUGGAAAGCCGAAUGCAAGUACUUGAUGACUGGCUGUCUGAUGAAGAUGAGGAGGAGGCAGAAGAGGAGAAGGCAGAAGUAGAUAUCCUCGUAGGUGAAGCGGACAUGGACCUUCAGAGAGUGGUGCAGGCUGAGGCACAGCAGGGAGCUGCACAGAUGGCCACAACAAUGGUGCAUGAGGUGCAGGCUGAGGCACAGCAGGGAGCUGCACAGAUGGCCACAACAAUGGUGCAUGAGGUGCAGGCUGAGGCACAGCAGGGAGCUGCACAGAUGGCCACAACAAUGGUGCAUGAGGUGCAGGCUGAGGCACAGCAGGGAGCUGCACAGAUGGCCACAACGAUGGUGCAUGAGGUGCAGGCUGAGGCACAGCAGGGAGCUGCACAGAUGGCCACAACGAUGGUGCAUGAGGUGCAGGCUGAGGCACAGCAGGGAGCUGCACAGAUGGCCACAACAAUGGUGCAUCAGGUGCAGGCUGAGGCACAGCAGGGAGCUGCACAGAUGGCCACAACAAUGGUGCAUCAGGUGCAGGCUGAGGCACAGCAGGGAGCUGCACAGUUGGACACAACAAUGGUGCAUCAGGUGCAGGCUGAGGCACAGCAGGGAGCUGCACAGAUGGACACAACAAUGGACCAUCAGGUGCAGGCUGAGGCACAGCAGGGAGCUGCACAGAUGGCCACAACGAUGGUGCAUCAGGUGCAGGCUGAGGCACAGCAGGGAGCUGCACAGGUGGACACAACAAUGGACCAUCAGGUGCAGGCUGAGGCACAGCAGGGAGCUGCACAGGUGGACACAACAAUGGACCAUCAGGUGCAGGCUGAGGCACAGCAGGGAGCUGCACAGAUGGCCACAACAAUGGACCAUCAGGUGCAGGCUGAGGCACAGCAGGGAGCUGCACAAAUGGACACAGUGAUGGUGCAUCAGGUGCUGGAUGAAAUGGAGAAGCUUAAACCUCCCUCCUGCACCUUGUGUUACAGCAAGAACCAUCUUCAGCAGUCUGACCAGGAAACUGACGUGCUGCAGUACUUCCCAAGCUUCCAUGGAACCAAGGAGGAGCAGCUACAGGAAGAGCUGGAGCAGAUGGAGUUCAUGAAGAAUGAGGCACAGUGCCAGCUGGAGCACGAGAUGGAGAAGAACCAGAAACUGCAAGAACAGUUGGACAGUGUCUCUGGUGUGGUCAAUGAACUGAAUGAUUCCCUGCGCCAAACAACAAGGACACUUGAAUCCCAACAGGCAGCCCACUGGGAGGCAGAAGACCAACUAAAGAAGAAACUCCGAGAGAGCCAGGAGAAGUUGGAUUGUACCAACAAGGGCAUCUACAGUGCCGACGAGCGAUUAUGUUCCAUGGACGUGGUUAUGAACCUUCAGAUGAAAGAGCUGUCGGAGCAGGGUGCGUAUCUUGAGGCGUUGAGGAGGAAGUACAUAAGACUACGGGAAGAGCACAACAACAUGAUCAACAUCAACAACAGGAAGGCAGACAUAACUAUCCAGGAACUCCAGGCCGCACUUCAGCAUGCGUACAGCUACCUCGGGCCCCUGAGCAACAAACACCGGACACUUGCAAUAACGAAGGCCAGCAUCAUCUCCAUUGAGCCCUUCUCCAAACAAAGGCUCGCUGUUUCAGCGCCCGAAGUGUUCUCCUUGGAACCCCCCUCCUCUCAGUGCCUGUUGGAUCAUGUGACCAACCUGAAGCUGCAGCCCACUAGGUGCAAUGGUGGUGGCGACUUGGAGCUGGAUGCAUUUGAGGUAGUCCGCCUGGAGUCAGAGCUGGUAGCAGAGCGGCUGCUCCUUGAAGACUUGACCCAUGCGAAUAAGAGCUUGAAAGAAGACCUGGACAAGGCGCAGAAGAAAUACAGCACCACAAGGGCAGAUCUCCUGAACAAGGACAACGAGAUCAAAGAUCUUCACACACAGCUAGAAUGCCUAAAGAAAGAACUCGACACAGCACAGAAAAAGUAA